AUGGCGGCAGAACAAGCAGCGUGCACCGAGAGACGGCGGCAGAAGAAGCGGCGAGCACCGAGAGACGGCAUAACAAAAAGCGGAGAGUACAGAGAGACGGCGGCAGAAGAAGUGGCGAGCCCGAGAGGCGGCAGCAGAAGAAGCGGCGAACACCGAGAGGCGGCAGCAGAAGAAGCGGCGAACACCGAGAGGCGGCAGCAGAAGAAGCGGCGAACACCGAGAGGCGGCAGCAGAAGAAGCGGCGAACACCGAGAGAGAGCCGCAGAAGAAGCGGAGAGCACGGAGAGACGGCGGCAGAAGAUGCGGCGAGCACCGAGAGACGGCGGCAGAAGAAGCGGCGAGCACCGAGAGGGGGCAGCUGAAGAAGUGGAGAGCACGGAGAGACGGCGGCAGAAGAAGCGGCGAGCACCGAGAGAUGGCGGCAGAAGAAGCGGAGAGCACGGGGAGACGGCAGCAGAAGAAGUGGCCAGCACCGAGAGGCGGCAGCAGAAGAAGCGGAGAGCACGGAGAGACGGCGGCAGAAGAAGUGGCGAGCACCGAGAGGCGGCAGCAGGAAAAGCGGCGAACACCGAGAGACGGCGGCAGAAGAAGCGGCUAGCACCGAGAGGCGGCGGUAGAAGAAGCAGCGAACACCGAGAGGCGGCAGCAGAAGAAGCGGAGAGCACGGAGAGACGGCGGCAGAAGAAGCGGCGAGUACCGAGCGACGGCGGCAGAGGAAGCUGCGAGCACCGAGAGGAGGAGCAGAAGAAGCGGAGAGCACGGAGAGACGGCGGCAGAAGAAGCGGCGAGUACCGAGAGACGGCGGCAGAAGAAGCGGCGAGUACCGAGAGACGGCGGCAGAAGAAGCGGAGAGCACCGAGAGACGGCAGCAGAAGAAGCGGAGAGCACGGAGAGACUGCGGCAGAAGAAGCGGCGAGCACUGAGAGACGGCGGCAGAAGAAGCGGCGAGCACCGAGAGGCGGCUGCAGAAGAAGCGGAGGGCACGGAGAGACGGUGGCAGAAGAAGUGGCGAGCACCGAGAGGUGGCAGCAGAAGAAGCGGCGAGUACCGAGAGGCGGCAGCAGAAGAAGCGGCGAACACCGAGAGACGGCGGCAGGAGAAGCGGCGAGCACCGAGAGACGGCGGCAGAAGAAGCGGCGAGCACCGAGAGGCAGCAGCAGAAGAAGCGGCGAACACCGUGAUUCGGCAGCAGAAGAAGCGGAGAGCACGGAGAGACGGCGGCAGAAGAAGCGGCGAGCACCGAGAGGCGGCAGCAGAAGAAGCGGCGACUACCGAGAGACGGCGACAGAAGAAGCGGCGAGCACCGAGAGACGGCAGCAGAAGAAGCGGAGAGCACGGAGAGACGACGGCAGAAGAAGCGGCGAGUACCAAGAGACGGCGGCAGAAGAAGCGGCGAGCACCGAGAGGCGGCAAGGCGGCAGUAGAAGAAGCGGAGAGCACGGAGAGACGGCGGCACAAGAAGCGGCGAGUACCGAGAGACGGCGGCAGAAGAAGCAGAGAGCACCGAGAGACGGCGGCAGAAGAAGUGGAGAGCACGGAGAGACGGUGGCAGAAGAAGCGGCGAGCACCGAGAGAUGGCGGCAGAAGAAGCGGAGAGCACGGAGAGAUGGCAGCAGAAGAAGUGGCCAGCACCGAGAGGCGGCAGCAGAAGAAGCGGAGAGCACGGAGAGACGGCGGCAGAAGAAGUGGCGAGCACCGAGAGACGGCGGCAGAAGAAGCGGCGAGCACCGAGAGGGGGCAGCUGAAGAAGUGGAGAGCACGGAGAGACGGCGGCAGAAGAAGCGGCGAGCACCGAGAGAUGGCGGCAGAAGAAGCGGAGAGCACGGAGAGACGGCAGCAGAAGAAGUGGCCAGCACCGAGAGGCGGCAGCAGAAGAAGCGGAGAGCACGGAGAGACGGCGGCAGAAGAAGUGGCGAGCACCGAGAGGCGGCAGCAGGAAAAGCGGCGAACACCGAGAGACGGCGGCAGAAGAAGCGGCUAGCACCGAGAGGCGGUGGUAGAAGAAGCAGCGAACACCGAGAGGCGGCAGCAGAAGAAGCGGAGAGCACGGAGAGACGGCGGCAGAAGAAGCGGCGAGUACCGAGCGACGGCGGCAGAGGAAGCAGCGAGCACCGAGAGACGGCGGCAGAAGAAGCGGCGAGCACCGAGAGGCGGCAGCAGAAGAAGCGGCGAACACCGAGAGACGGCGGCAGAAGAAGCGGCGAGCACCGAGAGGCAGCAGCAGAAGAAGCGGCGAACACCGUGAUUCGGCAGCAGAAGAAGCGGAGAGCACGGAGAGACGGCGGCAGAAGAAGCGGCGAGUACCGAGAGAUGGCGGCAGAACAAGCAGCGUGCACCGAGAGACGGCGGCAGAAGAAGCGGCGAGCACCGAGAGACGGCAUAACAAAAAGCGGAGAGUACAGAGAGACGGCGGCAGAAGAAGUGGCGAGCCCGAGAGGCGGCAGCAGAAGAAGCGGCGAACACCGAGAGGCGGCAGCAGAAGAAGCGGCGAACACCGAGAGGCGGCAGCAGAAGAAGCGGCGAACACCGAGAGGCGGCAGCAGAAGAAGCGGCGAACACCGAGAGAGAGCCGCAGAAGAAGCGGAGAGCACGGAGAGACGGCGGCAGAAGAUGCGGCGAGCACCGAGAGACGGCGGCAGAAGAAGCGGCGAGCACCGAGAGGGGGCAGCUGAAGAAGUGGAGAGCACGGAGAGACGGCGGCAGAAGAAGCGGCGAGCACCGAGAGAUGGCGGCAGAAGAAGCGGAGAGCACGGGGAGACGGCAGCAGAAGAAGUGGCCAGCACCGAGAGGCGGCAGCAGAAGAAGCGGAGAGUACAGAGAGACGGCGGCAGAAGAAGUGGCGAGCCCGAGAGGCGGCAGCAGAAGAAGCGGCGAACACCGAGAGGCGGCAGCAGAAGAAGCGGCGAACACCGAGAGGCGGCAGCAGAAGAAGCGGCGAACACCGAGAGGCGGCAGCAGAAGAAGCGGCGAACACCGAGAGAGAGCCGCAGAAGAAGCGGAGAGCACGGAGAGACGGCGGCAGAAGAUGCGGCGAGCACCGAGAGGCUGCAGCAGAAGAAGCGGAGAGCACGGAGAGAUGGCGGCAGAAGAAGCGGCGAGCACCGAGAGGCGGCAGCAAAAGAAGCGGAGAGCACCGAGUGGCGGCAGCAGAAGAAGUGGAGAGCACGGAGAGACGGCGGCAGAAGAAACGGCGAGUACCGAGAGACAAGUGGCGAGCACCGAGAGGCGGCAGCAGGAAAAGCGGCGAACACCGAGAGACGGCGGCAGAAGAAGCGGCUAGCACCGAGAGGCGGCGGUAGAAGAAGCAGCGAACACCGAGAGGCGGCAGCAGAAGAAGCGGAGAGCACGGAGAGACGGCGGCAGAAGAAGCGGCGAGUACCGAGCGACGGCGGCAGAGGAAGCAGCGAGCACCGAGAGACGGCGGCAGAAGAAGCGGCGAGCACCGAGAGGCGGCAGCAGAAGAAGCGGCGAACACCGAGAGACGGCGGCAGAAGAAGCGGCGAGCACCGAGAGGCAGCAGCAGAAGAAGCGGCGAACACCGUGAUUCGGCAGCAGAAGAAGCGGAGAGCACGGAGAGACGGCGGCAGAAGAAGCGGCGAGUACCGAGAGAUGGCGGCAGAACAAGCAGCGUGCACCGAGAGACGGCGGCAGAAGAAGCGGCGAGCACCGAGAGACGGCAUAACAAGAAGCGGAGAGUACAGAGAGACGGCGGCAGAAGAAGUGGCGAGCCCGAGAGGCGGCAGCAGAAGAAGCGGCGAACACCGAGAGGCGGCAGCAGAAGAAGCGGCGAACACCGAGAGGCGGCAGCAGAAGAAGCGGCGAACACCGAGAGGCGGCAGCAGAAGAAGCGGCGAACACCGAGAGACAGCGGCAGAAGAAGCGGAGAGCACGGAGAGACGGCGGCAGAAGAUGCGGCUAGCACCGAGAGGCUGCAGCAGAAGAAGCGGAGAGCACGGAGAGAUGGCGGCAGAAGAAGCGGCGAGCACCGAGAGGCGGCAGCAAAAGAAGUGGAGAGCACCGAGAGGCGGCAACAGAAGAAGUGGAGAGCACGGAGAGACGGCGGCAGAAGAAACGGCGAGUACCGAGAGACGUCGGCAGAGGAAGCGGGGAGGCCGAGAGGCGGCAGCAGAAGAAGCGGCGAGCACAAAGAGACGGUGUCAGAAGAAGCGGCGAGCACCGAGAGACGGCGGCAGAAGAAGCGGAGAGCACGGUGAGACGGCGGCAGAAGAAGCUGCGAGCACCGAGAGGCGGCAGCAGAAGAAGCGGAGAGCACGGAGAGACAGCGACAGAAGAAGCGGCGAGUACCGAGAGACGGCGGCAGAAGAAGCGGCGAGCACCGAGAGACGGCGGCAGAAGAAGCAAAGAAGCGGCGAGUACCGAGAGACGGCGGCAGAAGAAGCGGCGAGCCCGAGAGGCGGCAGCAGAAGAAGCGGCGAACACCGAGAGGCGGCAGCAGAAGAAGCGGAGAGCACGGAGAGACGGCGGCAGAAGAAGCGGCGAGUACCGAGAGACGGGGGCAGAAGAAGCGGCGAGUACCGAGAGACGGCGGCAGAAGAAGCGGCGAACACCGAGAGACGGCAGCAGAAGAAGCGGAGAGCACAGAGAGACGGCGGCAGAAGAAGCGGCGAGUUCCGAGAGACGGCGGCAGAAGAAGCGGCGAGCACCGAGAGACGGUGGCAGAAGAAGCAGCUAGCACCGAGAGACGGCGGCAGAAGAAGCGGCGAGCACCGAGAGACGGCGGCACAAGAAGCGGCGAGUACCGAGAGACUGCAGCAGAAGAAGUGGAGAGCACCGAGAGGCGGCAGCAGAAGAAGCGGCGAGCACCGAGAGGCGGCAGCAGAAGAAGCGGAGAGCACGGAGAGACGGCGGCACAAGAAGCGGCGAGUACCGAGAGACGGCGGCAGAAGAAGCGGAGAGCAGCGAGAGACUGCGGCAGAAGAAGGGGCGAGCACCAAGAGGCGGCAGCAGAAGAAGCGGCGAACACCGAGAGACGGCGGCAGAAGAAGCGACGAGCACCGAGAGACGGCAGCAGAAGAAGCGGAGAGCACGAAGAGACUGCGGCAGAAGAAGCGGCGAGCACUGAGCGACGGCGGCAGAAGAAGCGGAGAGCACGGAGAGACGGCGGCAGAAGAAGCGGCGAGCACCGAGAGGCGGCAGCAGAAGAAGCGGAGGGCACGGAGAGACGGCGGCAGAAGAAGUGGCGAGCACCGAGAGGCGGCAGCAGAAGAAGCGGCGAGUACCGAGAGGCGGCAGCAGAAGAAGCGGCGAACACCGAGAGACGGCGGCAGGAGAAGCGGCGAGCACCGAGAGGCGGCGGCAGAAGAAGCGUCGAGCACUAAGAGGGGGCAGCAGAAGAAGUGGAGAGCACUGAGAGACGGCGGCAGAAGAAGCGGCGAGCACCGAGAGACGGCGGCAGAAGAAGCGGAGAGCACUGAGAGACGGCGGCAGAAGAAGCGGCGAGCACCGAGAGACGGCGGCAGAAGAAGCGGAGAGCACGGAGAGACGGCGGCAGAAGAAGCGGCGAGCACCGAGAGGCGGCAGCAGAUGAAGCGGAGAGCACGGAGAGACGGCGGCAGAAGAAGUGGCGAGCACCGAGAGGCGGCAGCAGAAGAAGUGGACAGCUUGGAGAGACGGCGGCAUAAGAAGCGGCGAGCACCGAGAGACGGCGGCAGAAGAAGCAGAGAGCACGGAGAGACGGCGGCGGAAGAAGCGGCGAGCACCGAGAGAUGGCGGCAGAAGAAGCGGAGAGCACGGAGAGACGGCAGUAGAAGAAGUGGCAAGCACCGAGAGGCGGCAGCAGAAGAAGCGGAGAGCACGGAGAGACGGCGGCAGAAGAAGUGGCGAGCACCGAGAGUCGGCAGCAGGAAAAGCGGCGAACACCGAGAGACGGCGGCAGAAGAAGCGGCGAGCACCGAGAGGCGGCAGUAG